CUGCGCAGUCCGUUGUCGAGCGCGUAUCAUCUCACGUGCGCGCAUCCUCACGCAUCAUUGUAUUUAUUUGUGAAUUUUGUGAUAGUGCUCUGUGAUAUAGUGAUAGGAAUAAAAGUGCACGCCCUCACAACAAAAUGCUGAGAGACCCAGAGGCCUGCGCGUGCCCCAUACGCGAAGUGGGGCCAUCCAUGGUAUCGGCAUGCCCGAACCAGUUCCUACUCUUCAUGACGAUCCUGGAAGCUUACAUCAACGGCCGCUGUGACCUGGCCGACCCUUGCAAUAGGGUCACCAAUAAGGACCAGCCAGAUGACAUAUAUGAUUUCGUGGUGGUUGGCGGAGGGUCUGCGGGGGCUGUGAUGGCUGGGAGACUAUCUGAAAAUCCUCAAUGGAAGGUGUUAUUAAUAGAAGCAGGAGGCGACGAACCAACGCAGUCAGGAGUACCAGCCUGGGUGACGGCAUACUGGGGCCUUAAGGAAACGGAUUGGCAGUACAAUACUGAGAAGCAAGAGAAAGCGUGUCUGGCUAAAGGCGGAAUAUGUUAUUGGCCUAGAGCUAAGAUGUUAGGUGGGUGUUCAGCAACCAACGGUAUGAUGUACAUGCGAGGUGUCCCGGCUGACUACGACAGCUGGGCGGUGAAUGGCGCGACUGGUUGGUCUUGGUACGAGGUGCUGCCUUACUUCCUGAGGAGUGAGGACAAUAAGGAGAUCGGGAACGGCGUGUCCGCUGAGUAUCAUAGUCGAGGAGGGCCACUGCCUGUGCAGAAGUUCCGUCACGCACCGCAGUUUGCUCACGACGUGGUUUCUGGCGCGAUAGAGCUGGGAUACCCACCGACCAGUGACCUCAAUGGAGACACCACCACUGGCUUUACUAUUGCUCAGACUCUUAACGAUGGUGGCACCCGCUACACAACAGCCCGCGCGUACCUGCGCCCUGCUUCCAAGCGAGCCAACCUUCACGUACUGCUCAACGCGCUGGGUUCUCGCGUAAUCGUAGACCCAGUGUCCAAGAGGGUCACUGCCGUUGAAUACAUCAAGGAUGGAGUUACGAGGACUGUGGGAGUUACUAAAGAGGCAAUCUUAACCGCAGGCACUCUAAACACGCCACAAAUCCUACUACUUUCCGGCAUCGGUCCCAAAGACACUUUGGACAAGUUCAACAUCCCCACCAUCAAAGACCUGCCCGGAGUUGGACAGAACCUUCAGAAUCAUGUCGGAGUUAACCUGGACUUCACGCUGACUAAGGAGCCUAUGGUUCCUGACUUGAACUGGGAUGUGGCCACUCAGUACCUGCUGAGCAGGACCGGUCCUUUGUCUAGUACUGGCAUGUCUCAGUUGACUGGCAGGGUAAACUCUCGCCUGGCGCCGGCUGGUGGCCGUCACCCCGACAUUCAGUACUUCUUCGGCGGUUACUACGCGUCAUGUGGUGAUGGAACCAUCGUCGAACCUCUGACUGUAGAAAAGGACGGCGAAAGAAGACACAUAUCGAUAUCUGCGAUAUCUCUCCAUCCGCGCAGUCGAGGUUUCGUGACGAUCCGCUCAGUGGACCCGACGCAGCCACCAUUGAUGCAGCCUAACUACUUCUAUGAUGACCACGAGCUCAAUGUCUUGGCUGACGCCGCUAGAACCGCUUACAAACUCGCUAAUACCACUAUUCUCCGUGAGAAAUACGGCAUGAUGCCCACUGAGGGCUACGGUGAACAGUGUGAGGGUGGUGGCCCCAACCCCACGGAUGAGUUCUUCAAAUGCCUGGCGCAGCAUGAGACGGCUCCCGAGAACCAUCAAGUGGGCACGUGCAAGAUGGGGCCCGAGUCUGAUCCUAUGGCAGUCGUCGAUAUGCAGCUUAAAGUACAUGGCAUACAAGGACUUCGUGUCGCGGAUGGAUCAAUAAUGCCAAGCCUUCCUAGUGGUAACACAAUGGCCCCUAUCAUAAUGAUAGCGGAACGCGGGGCUGAGUUCAUAAUAACACGGCAUCAGCUUUUCAAAAAAGGUACACAAGUACCUGGUGGGCAGCUUGGAAACAGGUUCGGAAGUCCAGACUCGCAAAAUUCUGAGGACGUCAGCGGGAAUUAUGCCAGCAAUGAAGGCAGUAAUCACAAUUGGCACCACGGCGGCUACGGAGGUCACUCCGGUUACCACGGGCCCGCCACAAAUAUUCCAGAGAACCAAACCAACAAGAACUACAGAUGGGAACACCGGUGGAAGCCCUGGGACAAGAACUGGCAACCUGAAUGGCAGAACAACAAAAACCAAGACUGGCAUAAAAACUGGCAACAAAAUGACAAACACCAAUCUAGAUAGGACAGUAGGUUUAAUAAAUAAAAGAAUAGGUUAAUAAAAA